CCUCCAGAGUCCAGAGAGUGUCGGAAGCCUCCUCUUCAACGUUGCAUAUCGACGCCAAUGUAUCACAAAUUUUAUCAUGAUUUUUUGAUGUCGUGCGACAGGACACAGCGCGCUUUACGGAGAGGUUCAGAACGUUCAGGCCAGGUUACCAACCCCAAUGGGACGAUACUCCUUCAGAUAAAUUGCUUCCGUUUUACUUCCUUAACGUACACGCUUCUAGCCCCGCUCUAAAGCUCACGGCGUAUAUAAAGGCAGCGGCAACAACCUUCUUUCAUCAACCCACUCAGUCACUCAUUUUUCCCGUCAAAAGUUUUAACCCCCCACCCCACACACAUAACAUGUUCUCUCCUUCCGUGUUCCUCGUCUCUCUCCUCGCAUUCGUUGUGGGAACCAGUGCCGUACCCACCUUGUCCGCUCGUGACAACAGUACGUGCAGUUCAGGUGCACAGUGCAACACUGGUACCGUCUCAUGCUGUCAAACCACAUAUGCCUCCGACAGCCAUUCGCUGAGCAGGAUCACAAGCGCAUUGAACAUCGCCCUUGACCCCGUCGAGGGCUCCGUCGGAAUGGGCUGCAGUCCCAUCAGUGUCAUCGGCACUGGCAGCGGCGCGGUGUGUAACCAGGAGCCCGUCUGCUGCAGCGGCAACACAUACUACGGCCUCAUUAACAUUGGGUGCUCGCCGAUCAACAUUUACUUGUAAUCGAGAUACCAAAAAUCGUUCCCCCCCAAGGGUGAUUUACUCCACUGUCGUUGACUCUUUGUAGUGUUUCUUAGAUUUUUUGUUCUAAUCGUAUUUGAGCACCUCUGCGAUAUUUGCGCGGUUCGCAACUCUGUUAUUUGGAU